UUCAAGUAAAAAAGUGAACGUCAAAUUUUCUUCGAAAUAUCGGCGGGAUGAACGAAAACAGUGUUUAUUUAUUUUAUUAAAUAAAAAGAAUAACAACGUUGUAUUAGCAUAAAUUGUACGAUUGCUAAAUUGCUGGAAGCACAUGCGUACUUUUGUUGACUUUUAGUACAACAUUCAAGAUAUAAACUUGCAAACUUUAUGUUGUGAAGUGUACUUGUAACAUAUAAACAUAAUGGAUAAGUGUGAAACUACCGGUAGAAGUAGUAUAGAAGGGUGCAUGAACAUCGAUUUGAUGCGGUCACUCGUUAAGCAGUACUCUGAACUGGGUCAAUGGACAAGUGCUCUAUUCUGGGCGGAUGCAGCAGCAGCUGCAGCCGGAGGUGGGGUGGACGCAGCCAGUGGAGAUGAUGUCUGGCUCCUCGCUAGUGCUAUGCUGGCUAGGGGAGAACUGCAUAGAGCUGCACAUGCUGUCACAUCAAGGGGUUUACAUAGACGUCACCUCCUAUGCCUGGGUGUGGCGAUGCGAGCUUACCUCGCGGCGCGCGAACCAGCCAUGGCUCUCAACUUAAUGGAUGAGUGUGACCCCAUGCUUUUGGAACCUAGGACUACUGACCAGACACAUAAUCGAGCACUAGCCGGCGUGCUAGUAUGGCAGGCGCGAGCACUGACGUCGCUGGAGCGGCGCGAGGCGGCCGCCGAGGCGCUGUCCAACGCGCUGCGGGCCGACUGCGCGCAGUACGAGGCGCUGGACCUGCUGCUCGAGCAGCAUGCCUUGACGCCUCAGCAAGAGCUGGAGCUAAUCGAAUCACUGCCGAUCAGCACUCAACUAAGUGCAGCGGAGGGCGCGUUACUGCGGGCCGCGUACCGCGAGCGACUCAACCGCUACUCGCCCGCGCCGCACACGCAGCCCGCCGCCGAUAGCGACUGUCCCAUAACAGCGGAAGCAGAAGCCGUAGGGUCCCGUAUGAUGGAGGCAGCGCAAAGCCGGGCCCGUCGCCUAGCAGCCGCGUGUCGCUGGCAGGACGCCCUCCGAGCACUGGACACGGUCGACCCGUGGUGCUGCGUGGACGUGCGGGCGGCAUGUCUCGUCGAACUCAAGAAGAGUACGGAACUGUUUGCGUUCGCGCACUCCUUGGUCGAUGCGUAUCCGAAUGCGUGGAGUUCGUGGUAUGCGGUGGGGUGUUAUUAUUAUCUUAUUGGUAAGAGUGAGCUAGCGCGGCGUUACCUGAGCAAGGCGAAGAGCUUGGAGCCGAGCGCGGGCUGCGUGUGGCUCGCAUACGGACACAGCUUCGCGGCCGACAGCGAGCACGACCAGGCCAUGGCGGCUUACUUCAAGGCGAGUCAGCUGAUGGCAGGCUGCCACUUACCGCCACUGUACGUAGGCGUAGAGUGUGCCCUCCUCAACAAUUUCACGAUGUGCGAGCGCUUCCUCACCCGCGCCGCCGCGCUGCACUCCAACGCCAACGCCAAGGUGCUGCUGCCUAUUGAGUGUGUGGAUUUCCCGGAACGUGCGAAGUGGCAUCGCGUAGUGACGCUGGCCCGGGACCCGCACGUAGCGCAUGAGGCGGGCGCGGCCGCCUUCGCUGACGGCGACUACCGCUCUGCGCAUGCGCUGUGGCUGGCCGCGCUAGAUGCCGCCACCCCGCCGGGGAGGGAGGAGGUCCCAGCCCGCUGGGCCGGCACACUGGACGCUCUAGGCCACGCGUGCCGCGCGCUGGGCCGCCCCGGCGAGGCACUACAGUGGCACGGCCGCGCCCUCGCGCUGCGCCCCGCCAGGCCUUCCAGCCUGACGGCCAGCGGCCUGUGCCUCGCGCUGCUGGGCAGAGAGAGGGCUGCAGCUGAUGUGUUGCAUGCGGCACUAGCGAGGGACCCUGAUGAUGUAGUGGCCUUAGCACUGCUAGAUGCAAUAGUGGAUAGAUUGGAUGCCGCGCUUACAGAGGAAGAGAUCCCGCAGUUCCCGUUCCCGACGGUGAACAUCUCGGUGCCGGCCAUCGCGCCCGACACCCCCACCGCCGACAAUACCAACACCUCCGAUAUGAGCAUGAGCUUCGACUAGCCAUGUAGCCACGUAGGUACGUAGCCAUGUAGCUACGUAGCUGCGUAGCCAUGUAGCCACACAGCCACGUAGCUAUGUAUGUAAGUAAUCACAAAGCUACGUAGGCAUGUAGCUAUGCAGUUAGCCAGCCACGUAGCUAUGUAGUCACGUAGCUACGUAUCCAUGUAGCCACACAGCCACGUAACUACGUAGCCAUAUAGCUGCGUAGCCAUGUAGACACGUAGCUGCGUAGCUAUGUAGUUACGUAGCCAUGUAGAUGUAGC